CACCGAACAACGUUUUCACAUCUUCACCAGAUUGAAUAUUUAGAAUGCUGACGAAGGGAUAUAUAGUAAUUGGCUUCCUAGUUUCGUGUAUCCAACAAAUUUUAUGUUACGGAAUUGACAGCAACAAUAAUGGGAUUCUCGAUUUCGACUGCAGGCCAAAGUAUGGAUGUGAAUUUUCCAAAUGCGACCCAAUCCCUCCGCACAUGUACAUGAUACCUGGAUUUAGUCCAGAAGUUUACCGAAAACAUAGAUACUACUACAUUACUUGUGAACCGAAGAUAAAUUCCACGGAGGCACUACGAGGAGCUAAAGGCGAAAUAGGUACUCGGGGCGAACCCGGGCCUCGUGGGGAAGUAGGCCCAGCAGGGCCACCCGGGCCCAAGGGAAUGCCCGGAUCUAAAGGAGAGCACGGGUUUGGAAUCCCAGGAAUGAUGGGCCCUAGAGGAAUGCAUGGAGUUCCUGGGCGUCCCGGGCCACCUGGACCACCCGGAGCGCCCGGUCCUAAUACACAAGAAGUUAACGUGAUGAUUGGAAUGGAGGUGAAAAAACAGCUGUUAGCAAUCAGGAAUCUCUUCUUCAGUACAACUGGUUGGUAUAAGGCGGAAAACAAUCUAUGGUACAAACUGUUCAAAUACAGAGUUGAUUAUCAAACCGCAAGAAUUCAUUGUAUGGAUAUAGGAGGGAGAUUAGCUUCAACAGGACUUCGUGAUGAGAACUACAGAAAAAAAAUUUUGAAUGAUGUUGUAAAGCCAGUUGGGUUUUACACCUGGAUUGGUAUGGACGACUUGCAGAAACAAUACUUCUGGUUGUGGUCAGAUGGAACACCAGCUUGGCGCAGUAAAACAGAUUGGAGAGAUGGAGAACCUGGACAAACUGAGGGAGAGAAUUGUGUCGGUCUUCACGUAGAUUUGCAUUUAGUUGACAAUGUAUGCUCUGCAUCAUGGUAUUAUUUAUGUGAGAGCGGAUACUAGUUCUGAGAUAUUAAUGGUACGGUAUAAAUUGAGCAAAUGUGCCAAUAUAAUUUGAUUCUUGAACAUUGGUCUAUUGGGUGGGAAUUUAGAACAAAACAAUUUUGUUGGGAACUAAAUUGACGAUAAAACUUACAUGCGAUUCCAGGAGAAAUUAUAUGUUCUCAAUAUAUUAUAAAGCCUGAUUUUUGCUAUGUUUUACAGUCAUUUAAUCUGAUUGUUCAUAUUAUUCGGGUAUGGAAAUUGAUUAAUUGUGAGCCAUCCAUAAACGUCUUCUAUCAUAUGCCCCAGCAGUAACUCAGUCCCAUGUCAUCAUGUGUGUUAUUUAAAUGGAUGAAAACCGAUAUUAGUCGUGUUCCAACGACCCCACCACAUUUAUUGUGCUUGACUAUUUACUGCUAUUCAUUUAACAAAACAUAUCAGUACAAAAUUUGCCAAAAUUGUUUUCACUUUUUUAAUAUGAAAAAUAUUAUUAUGAUUAUGUUGCCAUUAUUCUAUUUUCUUUAUUACUAAUACCUAUCUGUCAUGCAUGCAGGUGUUAAUCAAGACUAUUGCUCGUAUUGUUAUUGUAAAUAAAUUUAAAAAA